GCCACCGUAUGACAUUGUAAGUAAGAAAAUGUGUUAAUUAUUUGAUGCCGCAUUUCAUACGAAAUUUUAUACAACACCAAUAUGGGAUCAGUUCAAAAGUCUCUUUUACUUUUCUCAUCCUGCGUUUGCCUACUUGGCUACCAUGCACCACCGGCAGAUGCAACAAUCAAUAUCAACCUGCUGGAAUUCGUUGUCCGCGGUAACGAAACUUCGAACGCGGGCGCUUUGAACGCUGUAUUCGAUAAAGGAGAAGAGGAUCUACGAACCAAGUACGGUUCACUAUUCAACAUAACAAGAUCACGCUUCUACGAUCGCAACGGUGCAACAGACUGCAGUCAUUUGGAGCAGACGGCAACAUUGUGGGCUACUCGCAUGUAUUGCGGAAAUGUCCAUGAGAAUUCUGUAAUGGCAGUAUUUGGUCCAAGCUGUCCGGCAGCAACGGCGAUGAUUAGCUACCUUGCCAAAGAAUGGAACAUACCAACAUUUUCCGGUUUAGGGCUCGGAUUAAGCGGCGGUACUGGUGCGCUAGACCGAACUAGAUAUUCCACCUUGACGCGAGUUUCCGACAUCAUGGAUGCUGACAUGAACCAGUUUAUCUAUAAAGUAUUAACCGCAUUUGGCUACCACACGGUGGUACUUUUAUGUGAUGAUGAUAACGAUGAUGACCUUUAUACGACGAUGUGUAUGUCAGUUGUCGAUGCUCUUCGCCAUUAUGGAUUAACAACGGAUCGGUCGCACCAGUUUACGGUGAACCGAUUUUAUAUCCAAGCUGACGAUAGAGCUAACAUACGACACUAUCUUCAAGAUUCCAGUGACGUAGCAAGAGUUAUCUUGAUUUUUGCACCUGCCAGCCACGUUCGAUCAAUUAUGCUUGCAGCAUUUGAUAAAAACAUGACGGGGGAAGAAUAUGUAUAUUUUGCGGUCCAACCUGCUGGCGAUAUAACUUGGUAUUCGGAGAAAGAUGCUGGACGCAAUGAGGAUGCUCGAACAGCGUUUCGUUCGCUGUUCAUUAUGUCGCCACGGGUAAAGGAAACUCCAGAAUAUCAGAAUUUCAGUAAGGAGGUCCAGCGGUUGUCGACAGAAAAGUACAACUACGUGUUUUCUCCUGGAGAACAGGUCAACCCAGUUGCUGUUUCUUAUUACUACGCGCUUGACAUGUACAGCCAGGUGUUGAACGAAACGAUAACAAACGGCGAUAAUCCAAAUGACGGAGCGGCACUGUCUCAGCGCAUGCGGAAUCGAACCUAUACGGUCUUAGGCAGGGAUAUUACUAUUAAUGUCAACGGAGACACCAGCUCCGAUUGGUUGCUCAGCCAGAUGAACUCAACGGGUAAUUUUACGUCUGUCAUGGAGUACAGUGCACGACAGCGGAUUUUGCAGCCCAGUCGUGACCCUGUGGACAACAGCAUCCGCCGGAUUGUCUGGCCAAACAAUCGGACAGCCCCGUCUCCUGAUGAGCCGCGCUGUGGCUACCGGGGACUUAAACUAGAAUGCCAAACUCCAAUUGGCAAACUACUGCCUAUGCAGUAAUUCUGAAGUAUUGCUGCUAAGCGGUAAUUCUGUAGUUUCAAAAGCGAUCAUAAGAACGUAACACACCCUGGUCACGCCAAGGUGGCGGCAUGGCAUUCUACGUUUCUGUCGAAUCGUGUCGAGCACAUAGAUCCGAUGUUUUUGAAGUUCCCAGUGAAAAUUUUUUGCGCAUAUAUUCACUUGACCUUUAUUUGCGGUACCGCAGUAAAAGCAAUUAAAGGCCUUUUCCGGUUUACAA